AUGGACACAACACCAAUCUACUUUUGGCGUGAAACCGGCCCAGAAGGCUACCUCUCCCAAUGGUGGACCUCCAACCCCUUCACCCAAUCUCAUUCUUCAUCCUCAUCCUCAUCCUCGCCCUCAUCUCCAUCCCCCUCACCAACCAUCACCUUCAAAACCGCAGAACACUACAUGAUGCACGCCAAAGCCCUUCUCUUCUCCGACACCGACGUCGCCCUCUCCGUCCUCAAGGCCGACCAUCCCCGUAAAGUCAAGGCCCUCGGCCGCAAAGUCAGGGGUUUCGACGAGCGUGCGUGGAACGAGAACAGGGAGCGCAUCGUCCGCGAGGGGAACCUGCUCAAGUUCCGCUGCGCACCGGAGCUGAGACGGCGUUUGCUGGCUACGGGGGAGAGGGAGCUGGUGGAGGCGAGCCCGAUGGAUCGGAUCUGGGGGAUUGGGUUCGCUCCUGAUAAGGCGCCCUGGUCGGAUCGGCGUCGGUGGGGGUUGAAUCUGUUGGGUAAGGUUCUGAUGGAGGUGCGGACGGUGUUGAGGGAAGAGGAAGACAAGGAGGCGGAGGAUGGUAGGAAGAAGGAAGAUGCCAAGGCGAAAAGGAGGCGGGGUCAAGAGAAGAACGAAGAGGGCCACGACAGGGACGAAGGGACUGUGAAGAAGUCGAAGCGGGUAGAGGGAGACGACAAUUCGGCGGAACGGUAA